CUUUAUAACAAAGCUUAGAUAAUAUUCGCCUUCUUUAAAUCGUAGCCACAACACUGACUUCUUGUCAUCUUCAUAACCCUAAUCAGCUCCUCACUUGUCUCGCUAACUCAGAAUGAAUCAAUCCGAGCAGAAUCACUUCUCCGUGGAAAAGCCUUCACAAACGUCUUUGGGAGCGUACACAAGUCCACCGCCGAUUGGUUAUCCGACCAGAGAUACGAUGGUUGGUGAUCCUCCGGCCGCAGCGAUGGAGACUAAGUCUAAGGGCGAUGGGUUUUGGAAAGGAUGUUGUGCUGCCAUAUGCUGCUGCUGUGUUCUGGACGCAUGCUUCUGAGACUUCGGUAUUGACGUUUUCAUGCAAAUUAUUGCUGUAAUAAAUUAUAUUUGAUGCUAGUUAAUUAUGUUACGUACUCUCUUUUUUUUUCGUCGGCUGUUACGUACUCUUUGUAUGGAACUAAUACGCUCUGUGGAUGGUUAUUAUUUGUUGUUAUGUUUUAUGUUUUAUAUUAAGUGAUAUUGGUUUGUCGAAUGGA